UGGGGAUCAACUUUCAAGCCGCAAUGCAUGGAUGAUGGCGCUAGAGAGCAAGGGAAGGCAGGGAAGGUGUGUUGCGAGCGCUACGAUCCGGGUUGGUCUCCCUGCUCCUUUUCCAUUACUAUUGCGAGGCACCGACCUGCAAGAGGAAAAAGGGGGUCCUCUACUAAAAUCCAGCGCAGUCUUGGUGCAGCAUCAUGGACAGCCUGGUGCCUCCCGCUUUGAGCUAAUGACGCCCGCACGGUGGGCUGAGGUAGAGUGGUCACCAAAGCACUCACGUUGAGGGGGAUUUUGAAAGAUGUGGUGGAUUGUUCUCUAAUGGAGGAGUCAGCAUGUGACCAUCUGGUACAAGCUCACGGACCAGGAGUUUUUGCUGCAAGGACUGCCGUCUGGGUUCAGGUAGUAUCGUGCAAAGUUGAGGUUCUGUAGGUUCUGUAGGUUCUGUAGGUUUAAUGUAUCAUUGCCGGUUACAGAGUAGUUGAGGACUCUCCUUGGGUGCCCCCCCUGAGGUUGCGACCAUGGGUUUGGUGCAGCUUGAUGGCGUCAAGCUUCCUGGUUUGACGCUCCAAGAGACUCUUCUCCCUGGCUUCACCAUUAUUGAGGAGAUUUACCGCACCUCUCAGUCCGUCCUGUUCCGUGCGCUGCGAGAGCGGGACACCUCACAGGUCGUGUUGAAAACAGUCCCCUCUCGGCUGGCGUCGCCGGAAAGCACCGCGCACCUGCGACGGGAGUACACAGUCGCAAGAGACCUGCAGGACUCCCCCUUCAUUGCUAAGCCCUUGGAGCUGAUACAACAUGGUGACACCGCUGCGCUGGUGCUGGAAGACUUUGGCGCCACCUCGCUGCAAGCUUACGUGCGCGGCGGCAGGCUGGGGCUGCACGAUGUGCUGCGGGUGGGCAUUGCGGUGGCGUCCGCGCUGGACCAUGUGCACGGGGGGGGGCUGCUCCACCUGGAUGUGAAGCCCGCCAACGUGCUGGUAUCUGCCAAUCUGGCGGUCAUCAAGCUGACCGACUUCUCCAUCUCCAGCCUCCUUCCCGAGCACAGCCAGGCGCCUGUCAGCCCGGAGGCCCUGCGCGGAACCGCGGCCUACAUCAGCCCCGAGCAAACGGGGCGCAUGAACCGCACCAUCGACUCCCGCUCGGACCUGUACGCUCUUGGCGUGACCCUGUACGAGCUGGCGGUGGGCGCCCGCCCCUUCCACUCGGAGGACCUGCAGCACCUGCUGUACCAGCACCUGGCCGUCGUCCCCACCCCCCCCACGCGCCGCGACCCCGCCUUCCCGCCCGUCGUGUCGGACAUAAUCAUGAAGCUGCUGCACAAGGACGCUGCGAACCGCUACCAGACGGCCGCGGGCCUGCGCAACGACCUGCAGGCGUGCCUGGACCAGCUCGUGCAGCACAACUGCAUCACAGCCUUCCCGCUGGGCAGGGCCGACCAGCGAGGCCAGUUGCGGGUGCCCGACCACGUGCUGGGGCGGGAGCACGAGCUGCAGCUGAUCGGCCAUUGCCACAAGCGCGUUGCGGAGCGGCAGUCCAUGGAGGUGAUCCUCAUCUCCGGCUACUCGGGGGUGGGCAAGACCGCGCUCGUAGGCGAACUGCAGCGCGCCCACACAACGGGCAAAGAGGGCUUCGUGCAGGGCAAGUUCGACCAGUACAGCCACGACACGCCCUUCAAGCCCCUCAUUGCGGCCAUGCAGAGCCUGUUGCGGCAGGUGUUAUGUGAGCCUGCGGGUACUAUUGGUGUGUGGCAGGAGCGCGUGCAGGCAGCCCUGGGCCGCAACGGGCGCCUCAUGACGGACGUCCUGCCCGGGCUGGGCCACCUCAUCGGGCCGCAGCCGGAGCUUCCGCCAGUCGAUGCGACAGCGGCGCAAAACAGGCAAGGCACCUUUAUGCUUCUGCGAAGCAAGACGUUCCAACCUGCACCUCUGUCACAGUUCUCCGACACGUUCGUGCGGCUGAUCCGCACGUGCGCGCAGCUGCGCAGCCCGCUGGUGAUCUUCCUGGACGACCUGCAGUGGAGCGACGGCCCCAGCCUGCGCCUGCUGGAGGCGCUGGUCAAGGACGGGCGCGACCUGCCGCUGCUGCUCAUCGGCGCGUACCGCGACGUGGAGGUGGACGACAGCCACGCGCUGACGCGCCUGGUGACAGGCCUGCAGGGCAGCGAGGUGCCCCUGCUGCAGCUGCACCUCGGGCCGCUCAAGCUGCCCGACACCACCGCGCUCGUCGCCGCCUGCCUCGGCCUGCCCGCGCACGACGCAGGGCAAGGGCAGCGCUGCGCGGAGCUGGGAGCGCUGGUGCAGGAGAAGACGGAGGGCAACCCGUUCUACUGCCUGCAGUUCCUGCGCGCGCUCGUCAAGGACGGCCUGCUGCACUUCGACAAACACACCGGCGAGUGCAGGUGGGGCGAUCUGUCGCUCCUGCGUGAGCGUGCGCAUGUGACGAUGAACGUGGUGGACUUCAUGGCCAACGAGCUGCGCACGCGCCUGCCAGCCGCCACCCUGGAGGUGCUCAGCGUGGCGGCCUGCAUCGGGGACGUCUUCACUCUGCACGAGCUUACUCUCGUCUGUGACAAGCUGUCGGGCGACCUGGUGGGCCAGCUGUGGCCCGCGCUCACGGCGGGCUUCAUCUUCCUGGUGGGCAAGGAGUGGCAGGCCGCCAUGGGCAAGGACGCCGCCACGCUCAGCAGCGUGCGCUUCCGCUUCCGCCACGACCGCAUCCGCCAGGCCGCUUACCAGGAGGUCCUCCCUACGGCCCGCGCCCAGCUGCACUUGCGUGUGGGUCGGCAGCUGAUGGCGGGGCUGCCGCGCGAACAGUACAAGGAGCAGCAGUACGGCAUCCUGCACCACUUCAACGAGGCCAUCCACCUCAUCACCGACCCCGCCGAGCGCCUCAAGCUCGUCACCGCCAACAUGGCCGCAGGCGUCAAGGCGAAAGCGUCCACUGCAUACGAGGUUGCUGUGCGGCAUGCGAGCUGCGCCAAGCGGCUGCUGGGGGGCAGCGCGGGGUGGGGCAGCCACCCGGACCUCAUGCUGCUCAUCAACAUGGACGAAGCGGAGUGCCUCUCACUCAUAGGUAAGCACGAGGAGGCCCUGGCCCUGCUCGAGGAGCUGCGGAAGCGGGUGAACAAUGAUGCGAGCAACAGCCUGCGGAUCGCGGAGAUGCGGGUCAAUGCACUCACGCUGGCCGGACAGCUGGUGGCGUCCAUGGACGCGGCUCUGGAGGCGGUGGCGCUGCUGGCCACGCCCCUCCCCACCGAAGACGCCGCGCUGGAGGCGGCCCUGGCCGAGGAGCAGCCGCGCGUGGAGGCGCACCUGGCGGCGGCAGACCUGGCGUCCCUGCCCCAAGCGACGGACCCCGAGUCGCUGGCCCUCCUGCGCCUCAUGGACUGCGUCAUUGUCGGGGGCUACAGCACCGGACAGGUGAAGCUGAUUCAUCUGCUGACGCUGCGCAUGGUCUCCGUCGCGCUGUCUGCGGGCAUCUCGUCGCCUGGCUGCAUCGCGCUGCUCCUGUACGCCGCCUUCUUCGACGCCCGCCUCAAGCGCUACGAGGCGGCAUACACGCUGGGCAAGCUGGCGGUGGCCGCCAUGGACCGCCUGCCGGACCAGAGCAAGCGCGGGCAGCUCAUCUUAACCUUUGCGUCCGCUGUUGCGCACUGGGUGCGGCCCCUCCAGGAGAUCAUCUUGCUGUUCGAGGAGGGGCUGGCGGCCGCACUGGACGUGGGCGACCACGUGUACGCGGCGUACCACCUGUCGCAGGCCGCGCUGUACCACUUCUACUGCGGCGCGCCCCUUCUCGACGUGCAGGACAAGGCGGAGAGCUGCCAGCGCGCGCUGCACCGCAUCGGGGACACCAGCCAGCGCGCCAUCACCACCGCGGUGCACCACGCCACCAGGGUGUUGAUGAAGGACGUGCCGGCGUGGGACCGUUGCAAGAAGGACGACGACACGCCGUGGGAAGCCGCUUACCUGUGCGAGCACGCGUCCAACGUGCUGGCUCUCGCCUUCUACUACACGCUCAAAGUCGGCACCCUCUGCUGCCUGGGAGACUACAGGGAGGCGGAUGCCGCGCUGGCCGCCAUGGGCUCGCUCCGCACGGUGCUGCAGCCGACGGUGUUCAGCGUCAUCGUGUCCUUCUACGAGGCCGUCUUCUGCUCGCAGCUGCUCCACGCGGCCGCCGCCGACAGCAGCCCUACCAAGCCGUGGGAGGACCGCCUCAACCAGUGCGUAACAACCCUGCAAGAGUAUGCGGCCAUCAACCCGGGCCACCAGCACCGCUACUGCCUGGCGCGUGCGGAACAGGAACGCUGGAAGGGCGAUAAAGCGGCGGCAGAGCACCACUAUGCGCUCGCCAUCGAUGCGGCCGAGGAGGGGCGCUUCGUACAGGACGCCGCGCUGGCCUACCUCCUGGCCAGCCGUCACUGGGCGGCCGUCGGUCGAGCUCGCCUUGCUGCGUGGCACCACACGGAGGCCUACGAUGCGUUUGCCGCGUGGGGCGCCACGGCCGUGCUGCACCGCCUGGCGCUGGCCCCCUCCACGCUGCGGCCGGGGCGGCGGCGCCUCAGCGACGGGUCGGCUCUGACGUCGAGCCACUCGGCGGAGGCGGCGGUGGCAGGGACCACGCUGGACACGCUGCGGCUGAGCAGCUUCAGCGAGCAGAGCCUGGACAUCCGCGCGGUCCUGGCCGCCAGCCAGACGCUGAGUAGCGCCAUCGUGCGGGAGGCGCUGCUGGAGAAGCUGCUCGGGAUCGUCCUCGAGACAGCGGGGGCCAGGUAUGUGGCUCUGGUCCUGCGCCGCCCUGGAGACGACGGUGGCUGGUACAUGGAGGGCAGCGCCAGCGUACAGGUACGGGCCGGACCGCGCAGUACCGACCCCCCCAGCCCGCGCCUCAACGGGCUGUCCCUCAACGAUGACGUGAAGAGCCCCUCUCCCGGCGUUGACACGGUCACGCAGGUGGCGCCAGCGGGUCAGGUGGUGCCGCUCAGCGAAGCAGGGGCGCUUGUGCCUCAGGCACUGAUCACGUACGUGACCCGCACCCAGGAGGUGGUGCUAGGCGGCGUGGAGCUGGGCGGCUCGUACAAGGACGCGUACCUAGAAGCGAAACGGCCCCGCUCUGUGCUGUGCAUGCCCAUCGUGCGCCAUGGGGACUCCUAUGGCGUGCUGUACGUGGAGCACGAGCUGCUGCCGGACGCGUUCCCCGCCAGCCGCAUCAAGAUCCUGGCCAUGCUCAGCAGUCAGAUUGCCAUCUCCAUCGAGAACAGCGCGCUCUACGAACAGAUGCAAAGCCGACAGAAUGAGCUGAUUGCUGCCAAGAAUGCUGCGGAAGAAGCGACACAUGCCAAAUCCCUCUUUUUGGCCACCAUGUCGCACGAGAUCCGCACCCCUCUCAACGCCAUCAUUGGCAUGACGUCCCUCCUUAUGGGCUUUCAACUGUCGGACGAGAAACGCGAGUGCGUUGAAACGAUCCGGCAGUCGGGGGAUCAGCUUUUGGCUGUGAUCAGCGACGUGCUGGACUUCAGCAAGAUCGAGGCGGGCACGCUGGAGCUGGAGGCGGCCCCUUUCAGCGUGCGGCAGUGCCUCGAGGAGGCGGCCGACCUGGUGGCCGCGCGCGCCGCCGACAAGGGCCUGCACCUCGCCACGCACACCGCGGCCACCAUUCCCGCGGCCGUCACCGGGGACGUCUCCCGCCUGCGUCAGGUCCUGGUGAACCUGCUGAGCAACGCGGUCAAGUUCACGGACGAGGGCGAGGUCAUCCUGCAAGCCGCCGUUGUGGCCGUCCAGGGCAAGCAAGUGCAAGUCGAGUUCACGUGCCGAGAUUCUGGCAUCGGCAUUGCUCCGGAGCACAUCCCCCGUCUGUUUGCGGCCUUUUCGCAAGCAGAUGCCAGUACGACAAGAAAGUUUGGCGGGACAGGUCUAGGACUCGCCAUAUCGGACCGCCUAGUCAAGGCGAUGGGCGGGCAGUUCCAGGUGGAGAGCGCGCUCGGCGCAGGGACCACGUUCCGCUUCGCCAUCCCGCUAGAGGCCGCAAGCGGUGCGGGCGAGGCGGGCGAGGGGGCGCGGCGCGAGCUGGCAGGGCGGGCGUGCCUGAUGCUGGUGCACAGCGGCAGCCUGGCCGCCAUCCUGAAGGAACAGCUGGCCGCGUGGGGGCUGCGCUGCACGCACGCGCGCAUGGUGACCGCCGCGCAACAGCUGAUCAAGCAGCAGGGUGCAACAUCGUUUGACAUCGUCAUAGCGGACAAGUGUCCGACGUUUGAUAAGGCCACCGUCGGUCUCACGGAGUGCCCGAUUGCCAAGGUUGCUCCGCAGUUGCCGGCCGUCGUUCUGUGCAGCUGGACUGACUGGAACACCAAGGCGUCGCUCGGCCCGCUGCGCGCGGUGGUGAGCAAGCCGGUGAAGAUGGGCCACCUCUGGGACGCUCUCACCAAGCUGCUGCGGGUCCCGCGCGGGGCGGCCCCCUCAGCUGUGCCGCCUAUAUCAGCCAGCGCGGACGAGGGGCCCCCAUCGCCGAUGGUAGCCAGCGCCGCCAUGCGCAGCGCGCUCCGAAUCUUGCUCACGGAGGACAACCCUGUGAACCAGCGUGUAGCGCAAAUGCUGCUGAAGCGGCUAGGGUACCGUGCCGACUGCGUGGCGGAUGGCAUCGAGUGCAUCCGCAGCCUGGAGCGGCGCCCCUAUGACGUUGUUCUCAUGGACCUCAGCAUGCCGGUGAUGGACGGGCUGCAGGCGGCGCGCGUCAUCUGCAGCCGGUGGGCCCCCGGUAAGCGGCCGUACCUGGUGGCCGUCACCGCCAACGCCAUGGAGGGCGACCGCGACCGCUGCCUCGCCGCGGGGAUGGACGACUACAUCAGUAAGCCUGUAAGGAUCAACGAUCUCCAGAAGGUGUUGGACGAGCAGGCGUUGAAGACCAACGAAAGAUUAGAUAGCCCUCAAAGCGUGCUUCAGUUGCCAGCUGAUUAGCCUAGAUUGUCGGGCGUCUGCUGAUACCAGCUACUUCAGCCAAAAGUAGCUGCGGAGUAGCUGCUUUGCAAACCCGAUUUCGUAAGUAAUGUGGCGGCCACUUGCAAGUGUUGGGGUACAGGAUACAAAUCUGUGACUGCAGAUUUGAUUUGGGCUUUAUUGUUGGAUACCCCUCACACGCAACAGCUUGAGCUGGUCUUUGAUCGAAGUGAUUCCGUUUUGAUCAAGACUAGGAAAGCGUACUUGUGUAAAACAGUUUCUAGGGUUGAUGCGCGCUACGCUCGCCUAAGUGGGACACACCAUUCUUAGCAGUAAUGGUACGGAUAAGCUUAGUUGACAUAGACAAGUCAAGGCGCCAUUUGGGAUCGACAAAUCCAGCUAAUCGAAGCCUGAGACAUGCACUUAACCCAUGUAGUAACCC